CGCUUGUCAGCGGAGUUCCUCUCGGUGCAGGGGCGCUUGUCGCUCGCGGAGGAAACGCUGGAUGCGCUCGCAGAGGGCCGCGAGGCAGGGCAGCGGGUUCGGGCCCUCCUGCCUGCCCAAAUCGCCAAGCUGGAGGGGCGCCUUUCGAGCUGGUUGGAGGUCCUUCGGCGCAACGUGGCGCUUCACGCCAACGCUGAGGGCAUCGAUGUCUCGACCGCUUGCGCUUCCGUGCUCCGCCGCGAGCAGCGAGGGCUGCGGCUCGAGGCGCGCCUUGGCGUGACGCAGAGGGGCCUGCGCGCUGCUGUUGCCGAGUUCGUCCCAGGCGCGGGGCGCUGGGAGGCGAUGCCAGAGGCCCCCCCCCAGGGCGCUGGGCUGCACCUGAGUCUGUCGGCCUGCGGUGCUUCUGCGGCUCCGUCGUUUUCUCCUGCGCGGAUCUGGGACGGCAGGUCGCUGCUGCUCGGCAUCCCUCUGGUGAUCAUUCCGCCGCUGGGUUCGCUCGACGACGAGGUGCUCAGUGUCCCAUGGGCGCCUGGUGUUUUGGAACCCUUCCGGCAGACCUCGGAGGAGCCAGACCACAACCAGCUGGUGAAAAAGUAUCGGAACCACCCCAAGGUGAAACAGGCCUGCGCCAAGGCGCGCGAGGUGCCGCUGGAAAACGGCGCUGAUACUGGAGUCUGGCACGACGAGAGCAGUUACAUCCGUGAGAGACUCGAUGAGUUGAAGCAGUGGAAC